AUGACUACAUCUAAUAAUAUCAUAAAUCAAAUGGUUACAGAAGAUCAAGAGGAAAAUGAUCCUUGGUCCUAUUCUUUCCCGCCUUCAACCGAGUCACUUCCCAUUCUGCAACAGCAACCAGGAUCUAGGAAAUCAACAGAAGAGAAAAACAACAUCAAUGGAUCUGGAGUGUCGUCUUCCAACUUACCCAAUACAGAUUCCACUAUAACUGGACCGUCACAAUUGAAAUUGAAAGUAGAUAUGAAGAAAUCAAACAAAUCGUCGUUAUCAUUUUCAUCUACUAUGCAAAAAUCAGUUCCGUUGGAUCCAUUGACAACUAAAGAAGAUGCCAAUUCAGUUAUCUCAAAAGAUUCAAAGGCAAAUUCAUUGGAUGAUGACUCUCAAAAAGCGGGAAAACCUAAAUUUAUGAAAGAUCUUAAAGAAUUUGAAUCGUCUUCAAAAGUUCCAACAUCGCCGUCAACAUCAGACGAACAAAAGUUAAUGCCAUCACCACAAAUAAUUGCCUAUCGGAAAUCCAAAAGAACUGUAAGUGAAGGAAUGUAUGAUUCUGUAUUAGAAAGUUCUCCAACAAGUCCCCCAGCAGCAAAGUUUGAUACCAAGUUGUAUGUGGAUGAGUUUUACAAGGAUUCCAAGUUUAGAUAUGCAACAAUGAAAAGAAACAUUGAUUUUCAUAAGAGCUUUAGAUCUUUAGAUUUGACAGAUAGACUUAUUGAUGAUUUUGCAUGUGCUUUGAGUAGAGAGAUAUUAUUGCAAGGAAGGAUUUAUCUAAGUGAAAGUUAUGUGUGUUUCAAUUCCAAUUUAUUGGGAUGGGUAACAAAUUUAGUUAUACAAAUGAAGAAUAUCGUUAAAAUUGAGAAAAGAUCCACUGCUGGUUUGUUUCCAAAUGCAAUUAGCAUUGAAACUGAAGAUGGUAAUAUACACACAUUUGCCAGUUUUCUUUCAAGAGACCAGACUUAUGAGUUGUUAAUGACACUCUGGAAAGGUGCCACUGGAAAAACUGACAGCGAUCUUGGAUUAGAUCAAUCAAAUAUCAGUGAAGAUGAAGUAAACAAUAACAAACUCAACGAUGGGGAAUGUUCACCAGGAACUCAGAUUGAGUCAUAUAUUUUAUCCCUUGAUGGUGAUGAUACUAAUGAUGAUGAUAAUGAUGAUGACGAAGAUGAUGACGACGACGACGACGACGACGACGAUGAAGACGAUGAUGAUGACGAAGAAAAAGAAAAAGACUACGUUUCUAAUGGUUUGAUUAAGAAGAAAUCCAUGAAUGGGGGUAUUAAUGGUACCACAAAAAGUGAAACACUAGUAGAAACAAAACUAGUAAAAUUGAAACCCGAAUCUAUUUACAGGAGCAAAGGUCCAGACUCUCAUAGACCAACUACUGCAGCUUAUGAGAAAUUGGAUGAAGAGAAGGAGAUUGCUGAUGAAGUAUUUGACGCACCAAUGGGUGUGGUGUUUGCUAUAUUAUUUGGACCAGAAACUAAAUUUCAAAGAGAUUUUCUUGAAAGUCAUGAUGGUUCUGAGAUAUCUGAAUUUGCUGAGUUUCAUCCUGCCGAAAAUGAUCCAGCUAUACUAGAAAGAAAUUUUGUUUAUCGUCGUGCAUUAGGUUACUCAAUUGGUCCAAAGUCUACAAAAUGUGAAGUUACAGAGACAAUAGAACAUUUAAAUUUUGCUGAUUACAUCAUUGUGGUUUCAACAACAGCAACUCCAGAUGUUCCCCUGGGUGGUGUUUUCACAGUAAAGACAAGAUAUGUUUUCACUUGGGGCAAUGAUAACAAAACAAACUUGAUGAUAUAUCACCAUGUGGAAUGGACAGGCAGGUCCUGGAUGAAAUCGGUGAUUGAAAAACUGUGUUACUCAGGUCUGUUAUCAAUUACUACAGAAAUGAUGAAAGAAUUGAAGGAUGAAAUUAAAGCUCAAACUUAUUUCAUUGAUGGUCCACCAGCUGUUGUUAAACUGCCAUCCAAGAGAAAACAAAAGAAACCUGAAGCUGAAAAGAAACAAGAAGUUGUUGUAAAAGUUGAGAAACCAGAGUUUAAUCUUGCUGAAUACUUGCGUCAAAACAUUAGCAGAGUGGUUACUAUUAUGUUUACCAUUAUUAUGGUAAUUCUUUAUUUACAAAUCGGGUUGUUUGGUGUAAUGAAAGAAACCAAUAUGCUUGUGAAAACCCAAUUAAUGUUAACAAUUCAAAUAGCAGAAUUGCAACAAGAUAAACUAGAGAUAAAAGAUAACGAAUUUUGGGAUAUGGUUAACGAUAAACUAGGGAAGAAAUUAUCUUCAUUAGAAAAAUUGCAAUUCUUGACAUAUCAAUUGCAAACUAUACACAAGAAACAAACGGAUAGUACCUACAAAGAUAUUAAGAAUCUGGUUGGUAAAAUACCAAAGUAUGUACAAGGAUUGUUAUAG